CACUGCUUCCCCAGCUUCUCCUUUAAAAGCAACGAAACCUGACUGCAGACAAAGAAGAGGAAGAAUACUGAUAGCUGUUUCAAGGAUCUGAAAAAUAUGCUUUGGGAAAGGCUGUUUGUUCAAAUGUUUCAUAAAUAGACUAGUAAUAACUGUCAUCUGGAUUUAAUGUGGUGUUAGCAUGGAAAUCUGAAGAAUUAGCUCGCUUGUGGCUUUAUUGUUUUGAGUUAAAUAUUUGCAAUACCUGUAGGUGAGCUCUGUUUAGGCAGUUAGGUAGACAGUGUUAUGUUGCGAUUUUCAGUUUUAGUGUAUACUUCAGCUUUGUGUGUUGUAAUUUGAAAUUAGCCAGGUGUUAGCUUUAGUAUUUGUUAGCUAUAGUGAUCAAAAUGGGUAGGCAGUGUUUCUUUCCUGGCUGCAAAAACACUUCUGGCUUGCACAGCUUUCCAGCAAACCUAGAAAUUAGGCAACAGUGGGUUCAUGCACUGGGACUACCAAACCAUGAGCUCCCGCCAAGAGCUGGAGUCUGCAAUCAGCAUUUUUCUCAGGAUUGCUUUUCUAAUUUUAUGGAGGUGGAAAUGGGAUUUUCUAAAGUACUCAUACUGAAAGCCAGUGCAGUACCAAACACUGCACAGCCACAAGACUUUGGAUGCACAUUGUCAUUAAAACUUGAAAAAGAUGAUGCAGCUCAGCAGGACUCGGGAGGUACGCAACAGCUAAAUGUAAAACAAGAAGGAGGACAGGACUUAGCAGUUUCACAACAUUCUGGAUGCACACCGCUGUUAAAUGUCCAAAAAGAAGAGGAGGCAGGAGAAAACGCAUUGCUCCUACAACAUUCUACAAGUAUGCUGCCAUUAAAAGUAAAAGAGGAGGGAGAGGACCUUAGGCUCCCACAAGAUCCUGAAUGUAAACAGGUGUUAAAUGUCAAAGAAGAAGGACAAGACGGUACGCUCACACUGGAGUUAAAUAUUGAAAAAGAAGGAGGCAAAAAUGAUACGCUGUCACCAGAUUCUGGAAGUGCCUUGCCAUUUCAACCCAAAGAAAAAAAAGAUGAGGUUAGAGUUCCUGUCCUAACAACAAGACCACCACCUCCUCAACAGCAGCAGCUUGUGCUCAUAACAAAUCUGCGACAUAUUCAGCCUAAACCGAUCAGAGAGAUGGGUUGCCAGACGGAACGAGUCCUCACCAAACAUUGUUUUGUUCAAGCUGACAGUAAGCCUUACAGGAGAAGCAAAGCUAUUCAAGCCCAUGCUCCUCACAGAAGUGUACCGUGUGACACAGAUGAGUUGGGGGCAGACUUCAAGUGUGUGAGGAUGGGUCUCCCCCCGUUCAAAAGGCCAAGGUGUGAAGAGUUAUCAGAUCCUGGAAACCAGGGAGAGGUUAAAGGAAGUACCGACUGUACAAGUUCCUCCAUGUACGUGUCUUCUCGUACAGUAUCUAUGUACUCUGUCCAUGAAGAUAAAUUAAUGGAACUGUUCCAAAGAUGUCCUGUUUGCACCAAGAGCUGCAUGGCUUCCAAAACUGUCAUCGGUACACACCUCCACGUGACCCAAAGCUGUACUCACUGCAGUUAUGUUCGCAACUGGUCCAGUUACCUAUGUGACCCACACCAGCAAGGAACCUGCAGACCGUGAAAUAAAUGUAAACAUUAAGUUAAAUGUUAUACAUUUUCAACACCUCCUGAAUUAAAUCUUCUCGUUGAUAGUUCUGCACAGGCUCAGUUACAGACCCGCAGGUGUUGAGUUUAAUAAAAACACCUUUGUUUAUACUGCAUCCGUAACUGGUCCACUCAGAGAUAUGCUUUGAUUUAAGUUUGGGUUUGUUCUAUAUGCACUUCCUUACACCAGUGUUCCAAAAUAACAUGUGUUCUUGAUUUAAUUGUUACUUUUGGUUUUACUAGUUAUGAAAUAGAAGUUUAAAAAUUUUCAUCAGCUACAUGUUGUUGUUUUUUUUAAAGAUCAGCUGUAUUUAACUCAAAGUCCUAAACAACCGCCAGCGACCCAAAGCAUGUACUGAUCUAAAACGUUCAGUAACUGUUGAUCCACUAAUCCUAUCAAUACAUGUAAAUAAUUGGUUUAAA